AGGGCUUGAACUCACAAAGCAUGAGAUCAUGACCUGAUUCAAAGUCCGAUGCUUAACUGACUGAGCCACCCACGUGCCACCAGGAGCAUUUUUCUAUACUUCUUUGGUUAAUUAUAGGCACCCCGUUGUUCAAGAAGGAUGACACAUACUUGCUGUUACCACUUAGGGGGAUAUCCAAUAGGAUAUGUCGGGGUUCAGCUUACUAGCAGAGUCUGUGUGAUCUCCAAACUCUUGUGUCCUACAGAGAAUGUGCUUUAGACUUUGAUUAGACUGGACUCACCAUGGCUAGUAGGCUGUCUGGUAAAUCAUGAUCUCACUCCCGUCACACUCCCACAACAUGGCAAGCAGCAUCCAAACCUUUGUGCAGUGGUAGAAAUCUCUUGGUGAGGGAAGUGGGUUUUUUAGAAAGAGGGCACCUCCAGACCUCAGCAGCUGCUAGCAGCCUGCUCCUGGUUGAGGUGACUCAGACCUGCUGGGCCAGCGCGUUGCCACGUCCCUGUAACGGGAAGAAACGAGCCUCCGUGGCUACCUGGAUUUGUCUUUCUUCACGUGUAAUAAGGUUGUUUGAGGGAGGAAGGGAAAGAGGAUGACAGAGUGUGGUCAUGAGGCUCCAUCUGCUGGCACUGGGCUCUUAGUGUCAUACUUUUACGAACAUGUAUCCAGCAUCUUUUCUUUCUCAUUUCUUCCACUUUGCAGUCUUUGCUCAUGUGGCAUGUUAAGAAAAAAAAAAAUCUUAAUGCGUUCAUCCCUUGUUUUCCAUUUCACACUGCAAAAAUGCCGUUCCAAAGAUCAUGAUCUUGGGAUAGAAUGGCAAUGAGAUAGUUCUUUGAGGGCCCUCAGCUUUCCUUUGUCUUCUUAAACCAUUCUGAUCUGGCUCUUCUGGAAGUCACCAAAUAAUUACUAAUAGGCGUAUUUAAUCCUUUAAAGAAAUUUGUGACAUAGUGUCAGAGAUUAACAGAGCCAGACACUAGUUAAAGUGGUGAAAACAGGUUUUAAUUAGUAACUACUGACAGUAGGAGAAAGAGCUCAGCUCCGUUCCAGUUUGUGAGAAAUGAUUCGGAUGUUUUAAAGGGAGACUAGGAAGGGAGAGCAGAGCAGGGACUCUGUAGGGCCAGAGAAGAAUUACAAAGGAUUGGUCCGUGCAAAUGCAGUACCAGCCAGCCGUGUUUGCUGCUAGCAGUUAUCGAAGUUAGGAUUCUGUCCUACCAUGGAGACCGGGACAGAGGCCCCAUCCUUCCCGAUGACUACAUUCCAAAGGAAUGGCUCUUAGGUCCUUGAGAGCAACACUUCCGAGCAGCAAGAGAUACAUAGUCACAACUGUAAUUCCCUUUCAAUAAAUACUUUAAGAAGGGGAGGUAGGGGUCUGUUGACAGGUGUUGCUGGGACAAAUGGCACACUUUCCUGGCAGCAUUUUUAGUUUUCUCAGGCAGGCUUUUAAUGUGGGUGCUGGGGACAUCCUGGCUUUAUGCUGCUGGAAGCCAUAGAAGAGUUUGGUCAGAUUUUUUAGUGCAGGGUUUAGGUGGGGUUACGUGCCAGGAACAGGCACUGUUAUCCUCAUUUUACCGGUGGGGAGCCUAAGCACAGAAAUGAGUAACUCACCCAGGAUCAUACUGGUAAUAAGUGGUAGAGCGGAGAUUUGACUGGACAACCGGGACCCCUGAACACUGUGUUACACGGUCCCUUAGCAGUGACAGAGGCUCCGGGGAGGCCAUGUAAUCCUGGUCCUCAAAGAGCGCGUAGUCCAGUGGAAGGGACCAGAUGCUGGAAACAGAUCAUUGUAAUUCGUGCAGUUUUAAAAAUACCCAUUCACCUGUCCUCUGCCUGUCUGUUGAGGACACCAAAAGCUUUCUCUCUCACCUGGUUUCUUCUCCUUUUAGCCACUUCACACUGUCGCCCGCCAGCCAGGCACCGCAACUCCGUACCUCGCCACGACCUCACACACGUUCUGUCCUAAAUCCUACCCACUACCGUCUCGUCCUGCCCUUCUUCUGACGUCUGGAGUCAGCCCGGUGUCCGAGUGCCAUCACUAGCCUGAGACUCUGCCGUGUCAGUGAGUGGCCUGUGUUUCCUCUUUCCCUCACGUCUGGGGAGUCACCAGGCCCUCCUGAUCGUACUAGAACUUUCCCCGUGUCCUCUCCUGUCCCUGUUUCCUUUCUUCUUUCUUCCCUCCUUUCCUUUCUUCUUCCUCCACCCCGAUCCUCCUGUCGCUUUCCACCUGGUGGGCUGGAUUAUCGAAGGUCCUGCUGCCUCCCCCUCCCCUAUUGCGCUGUGCAGCCCGCCUGUUGACGCAGCCUUCCCUCUCUCACGCGCACUCCGUGUGCCAGUACUGCCAUGGACAGCAACCAUCAAAGUAAUUACAAACUGAAUAAAACUGAGAAGAAGUUCUUAAGGAAACAGAUUAAAGCCAGGCAUACUUUGCUGAGACAUGAAGGCAUUGAGACAGUAUCGUAUGCCACCCAGAGCCUGGUUGUGGCCAAUGGUGGAUUGGGUAAUGGUGUGAGUAGGAACCAACUGCUCCCAGUGUUAGAGAAGUGUGGACCAGUAGAUGCUCUCUUAAUGCCUCCUAACAAGCCCUACUCAUUUGUGAGCUACAAAACUGCAGAAGAAUCCAAGAAAGCCUAUGUCACCCUCAACGGAAAAGAAAUAGUGGAUGAUUUAGGACAAAAGAUCAUUCUGUACUUCAAUUUUGUGGAAAAAGCACAAUGGAAAGAGUUGGGGCUUCAGGCCUUACCUCCAGGCCUCAUGGUAGUAGAAGAAAUUAUUUCUUCUGAGGAUGAGAAAAUGCUUUUGGAAAGUAUUAACUGGACAGAAGAUACAGGCAAUCAAAAUGUUCAAAAAUCUUUAAAGCACAGAAGAGUAAAGCACUUUGGUUAUGAAUUCCACUAUGAAAACAACAAUGUGGAUAGAGGCAAGCCAUUACCUGGGGGUCUUCCUGACAUUUGUGAUAGCAUUUUGGAGAAAUGGUUGAAAGAAGGUCACAUUAAACACAAACCCGAUCAGUUGACUGUAAACCAGUAUGAACCUGGACAUGGAAUUCCUGCUCAUAUUGACACACAUUCUGCUUUUGAGGAUGAGAUUGUUUCUCUCAGUCUGGGGUCAGAGGUUGUCAUGGACUUUAAGCACCCAGACGGCAUCACGGUGCCCGUUAUGUUGCCUCGUCGAAGUUUGCUGGUGAUGACUGGAGAAUCUAGAUACCUCUGGACACAUGGAAUCACACCCAGAAAAUUUGAUACUGUUCAAGCAUCCAAGGGUCACAAAAGUGGAAUUAUCACCAGUGAUGUUGGAGACUUAACUUUAAGCAAGAGGGGAAUAAGGACAUCAUUUACAUUUAGGAAAGUGAGGCAAACACCUUGUAAUUGUAGUUUUUAUUGCUUAAUUUUUGCAUUAGGUUACCCUUUGGUCUGUGACAGCCAGAUGAAGGCGACCCCCCCAUCAUUUCCAGAGAGCGAAAGAGAAGCCUCCCAACUGGAGCAAGAGUAUGUCCACCGAGUCUAUGAGGAGAUUGCUGGGCACUUCAGCAGCACAAGACAUACCCCUUGGCCACAUGUGGUGGAGUUUUUGAAAGCUUUGCCCCGUGGUUCGUUAGUGGCUGAUGUUGGCUGUGGAAACGGAAAGUAUCUUGGCAUCAAUAAGGAGUUAUAUAUGAUCGGUUGUGAUCGGAGCCAGAGCCUCGUGGACAUCUGUCGAGAGCGGCACUUCCAGGCCUUCGUCUGCGACGCGCUGGCUGUGCCCAUCCGCGGCGGGGCCUGUGAUGCCUGCGUCUCCAUUGCUGUUAUUCACCAUUUUGCAACAGCGGAGCGCAGAGUAGCCGCUCUCCAAGAACUCGUUCGACUCCUGAGACCUGGCGGGAAGGCACUCGUUUAUGUCUGGGCAAUGGAACAAGAAUAUAAUAAGAAGAAAUCCAAGUAUCUUAGAGAAAACAGAAUGAGCCAGGGGAAGGAGGAGGAGGUCAGCAGCGAUACGCCAGGCCCAGAGUUGCUUGUGGAGCAAGUGCCUGACACAGGCCAUAAGGAGCCAGCAUGUCAAAUGCCCUCCAUCAGUGACUUCCAGAAAGGAGGGCAGAAUUCAAGGGAAGUUACUAAUUCCAAGCUCCCCAUUCACACUAAUAGGACUUCUUUUCAUUCUCAAGACGUACUGGUUCCCUGGCACCUUAAGGGCAACCCUGGGAAAGACAAACCUGCUGAGCCGUUUGGUCCGGGAGGAUCCCAUGACCCAAGUCCUGUGUUUCAUCGUUUCUACCACGUGUUCCGUGAGGGGGAGCUGGAAGCCGCCUGCCAGACUCUGAGUGACGUCCGCGUCCUGCGAAGCUACUACGAUCAGGGGAACUGGUGUGUGAUUCUUGAGAAGGUCUGACGUCUCUGAACAUACACACCGGAAAGAAAGGCUCAGCUUUAUUUUUUAAAGGACUCUAAAUUUACUGUCUUUUUAAAGAGAAAAUGUGUGGAAAAGAAUCAAAGAAAGGAGAACGCCUGAGAGAAAAUUGGAAGUAGAGAUUAGUUAGGACACAUUUGGGCUACUAGUAUGGCCAUUUUAUCCAUAAAUGUGGGAACGGUUCUCUUAAAUAGGGAGGCAUAGGGAGGGAUUUUAAAAGUGACUGAAGUAGUUUGUGAAGUUUUUGGGGUCCCAGCAUAAGAAUGCAGCAUUCUAAAGACAAAGUUUUGGUAUUAAGGUUACUCAGCAAACUAAAUCAUGUAGAAUCUUAGUGAUGCAAUCAUACAACAUUUUAAUAAAGAAGUAUUUCUGGACAGUAGAGAAUUGUCUGAAGACUUUGACUCUUAGCUCUGUAAAGUCACAGGCGAUGACCUCUCCCCCCUCACCGUCCUAACGCAGGCUUGACACGUAGUAGGUGCUCAGUAGAAUUUCAGCCCGUCAGGUCGUUCAUCCCACAAAUACUUACAGAACCCCUACUAUGUAUUUAAGUACUGUGAGUGGAGCUGUGAACAAGAGUGAAAGCUCCUGCCCUCCUGGAACUUCCAUUGUGGAAGAAGGACAGCCGGUAUGCAAAUGAAAUUGAUCCAAUGUGCCAGGUAGUGAGAAGUGAAACAGGACUUGGAGGUUUUCCCCGGGAACAAAGGAUCAUUUCCAAAGUGCUGUAACCACGAAUCCUGACUGUAGUUGGUUACCGAGAAUUAGUUGGUAUUCCAGAUGUAUUGACCAGGUGUUAAAGGCAACCCCAGUGGGCUCUUAUAACUCCUUUGUUUAAGUAGCAAAAGUUAGAAUGGUCGGUCAGACUUAAUUAUGCCCUUACAGCCACAGCUGUGGUGUCACUACCGGCUGUCUCCAGUUCCUUCAUGGUUUGUACCAGUCUGGGCGCAGUCAGCAGUUUUUACCUCCAAAUACUUCACACUCAGUCAACUUACCACUCAGGUCAAGUUUCCAGGAAGAACAAAGGUAGAAAGUCAACCGUAGCUCAGAUGAUCACGCAAAAGGAAAGUACUUUUUAAAACAUGCAUUGCUUUUAUAGCAGUUAUGCUUAAGACUACUUCAAGAAAAAUUGCUUCCUGUGAACGAUGACGCCCAGACAAUUGUGUCUGUUGUUAUUGUUGAGAUGUUUAUUUUCUAGCGUCAAGCUUUCCGAAACCGGCCGUGAUGAAUAGGUCUCGGAUGAGACGACGAUUGUUUUUGUCGUGGAAUCUUCACUGCAAGAUUGUAACUGUUCCCUCCAGAUGAAUGUAUAAGGUUCAUGAUAUGAAAAGACAAAUUAUGGGGCUAAAAAAAAGCAGUUUUAUUCUGACAGAAAUUCUAGAACUUCACAUUGCAAUGUGAAGCUCAGCUCCUGCUAAUAACUUUUAAAAUCUAGAUGAAAUGGGCGAUUUUCAAGGAGGAUGCAAAUACAUGAACUCAAGAAGAGGCAGAAAAUGGAAGGUGUUGAAAAAGCCGCAUAGGAAUUCAGAACUUGGCUCUUGAUUCAGACUGGAAAUUGAAUUCUCGAUCUGCCAUUAGUUUUAGCCGGAGACUCUGGACAAACUCCCUCCCUUGUCUGUGCUCCAGUUUUCUCAGCUGUAGUGCUGGAGGAGUUGUUCUGCAAUUAGCUGGGAUAACAGCUCUCAGAGCAGUGCAAGAAUAGAGUGUGUGUGUGUGAAACAUGUUUAUUAUCAUUAGUCCCAGAGAAAGCCCUCAAGAGUUUCAGGAAUUGAAUGACAUCAAAUCUAAUUUGUUAAUUGUGUAUUAAAAACCUAUGGUUUUACUGAU